CUGCAGCUGUCUCGGAGAGUCUACAAGGGAAUCCCCCUGCAGCUCCGAGGAGAGGUGUGGUGUCUGCUCCUCGACAUUCCCAAAAUAAAGGAGGAGAAGAAAGACUUCUACGAGAAGCUGAAACUGCGAGCCAAAGGCAUGUCACCUGACAUCCGUCAGAUUGACCUGGAUGUGAACCGCACCUACAGGGACCACAUCAUGUUCAUGCACCGCUAUGACGUCAAGCAGCAGGCUCUGUUCCACGUGUUGACAGCCUACUCCAUGUACAACACGGAGGUUGGGUACUGCCAGGGUAUGAGCCAGAUCACAGCUCUUCUGCUCAUCUACAUGAAUGAGGAGGAUGCUUUCUGGGCCCUGGUCAAACUACUAUCUGGACAGAAGCACUCCAUGCAUGGGUUCUUUGUCCCUGGUUUUCCCAAGUUGAUGCGCUUUCAGGAGCACCAUGACCGCAUCCUUAAGAAGAUGAUGCCCAAACUGAAGCAGCACCUGGACACCCAGGAGGUGUUCACCAGCCUGUACACCAUGAAGUGGUUCUUUCAGUGCUUCCUGGACAGAACCCCCUUCACCCUGACCCUUCGUAUCUGGGACAUCUAUAUCCUGGAGGGGGAGAGAGUUCUCACCGCCAUGUCCUACACUGUCCUCAAACUCCACAAGAAGCACCUACUGAAGUUGUCUAUGGAGGAACUGGUCGAGUUUCUGCAAGUGGCUCUGUCCAAGGACUUCUUCUUUGAGGAUGACUUUGUGAUCGAGCAGCUUCAGAACUCCAUGACGGAGCUCAGAAGGUCCAAACUGGAGCUGCCUGCGCCAGGUAAAGAGGAUGAGCUUCCUAAGAAGCCCCUGGGCCAGCUUCCGCCCGAGCCAGCAGCGGUGGUGAGCCACAUGGCAAACGGUCAGAGCCACGCCCAGCCCGCCGAGCCGGCCAGGGCAUCGAGCCCCACCCAGGACCGCCAGAAGGACAGUCGGCCCCCCAGCCGCUCGCGCAGGGACUCCCUGGAGAAACAGGCCCGGCAGCACAAGUCUGACAAGAGGGAGGCUCGUUCCAGAGGGUCAGGAGAGAUCACCUCCGACCCCCGCAAGCCUCCCUCUGCCUCCAACCUCGCCACCCCCGAGAGAGGGGCCACGCCCUCCCCCGCACCCACGCCGUCGCCGCACACCCACCCCCCGGUGGUGGACGGAGUGAAGCCCCAGAGCCAUGCCACGGCCAACCACAACUCCAAUGCCGCGUCCAGCUCGCGCAGGGACAUUGCCCCGCGCUGGGUGAAGCCCUCGGAGACCAAGCUGGAGGCGGCCAAGGCAGCGGCGGCCCGGGAGGUCCAGCUGAGCAGGGGGGCUUCCCCGGCCCCCUCCAGCCCAGAGGAGGCCCUGCAGGCUCAACGCCGGCCCCGCUCCAGGGGCUUGGUCCCAGGCUCGGACCGCGGCUCCAAUGCCUCCCAGUACGACAACGUUCCCGGGGUGGCCGAGCAGGACUUUGUGGAGGUGCUGGAGUUGGAGCGGCCGCCGUCGAGGAUGAGGGGCCCGCGCAGCGAGACUCCCUUCAGCCUUCCGCCCCUCCGCCAGGGCAGCCCCACACGCACCCCGAGCCUGGCAGGCAGCGUUGUCUCCAUGGCAACAGGACCCAGGAUGGUCAAGCAUCCCCUACCCCCACCCUUGUCCAUCGACAACCCUGCUGGGGUCAAGACUAACUACGGCCAGGGCCAGGGCCAGGGCCAGUACCACACCCCCCCCCAGCAGUACUCCCCUGGUCGGUCUGCCAUGAUGCCCCUCUUCCACCCCCCCUACAGCCUCAACAUGGAGCCCCGGGGGGAGGAGAGGCUCUACAGACCCCCCUCCAGAGGCCCCCCGGCUCAGGGCCUGGUGUAUGGGGAGCGGCCCUACGGCACCACCGGGCGGGCCCCCCCCAACCUCUCCCCAGAAAAGGUCCUCAUGAACAACUCAUAUGCCACGUACCGCCGACAGACCCCAGGCUCCGCCCAGCCUCCACGGACCACCGCCCCCCAGGAGCACAGCGUCCAACUGGAUAGCCCCGGGAGCACCGCCCCCCUCUACCUGCGCCAGCCCACCCGCCUCGCCUCCCCGGUGUACCCCCCAGUUGACUACCGGUAUGAGGGGCGAAGGAGAGGAGAGCACACCCAACCCUACCUGCCAGAGGGACCAGGCAGGGCCGUAGAGGGGCCAUCCUGGGGGCAAGAGGUUGACUCACCCACUCGUUCCCCUGGAGGUGUUCCCCGCUCACCCAGCUUCCAGAGAGCCCAGAUGUCGCCCGUCCAGGAGUUCACCUUCCCGACUGGCCCCUAUGGCCUGCUUCACUACAGGACACAGUUCCAGGAGCAGCAGCCCACCAUAAGGCAGCAGCUCCCCCCGAGGUUCGGAGGACCACACUACAGGCACGCACAGGAGGCGUUUGCCAUGCAGGAAUCUAUGUUGCUGUGAGAAAAAGGCAGAGGAAGAGGGGGAGAGACACACUGAAAGUGUAGUCACUGACACUGUGGCAAAGACAAGCAGCAGUCCUAGCGUUAUAAGGUUUAUUUGUUUUCUUGUUUGUUUGUGCUUUCUGUGUGGCGUACGUACUGACUUUAACAGUCAUACUGCAUCCAAGUUGCAGGACACCAGCUUCUGACAUUUUUACUGAUCACUUUUAAAAACUGAUUUAUUUUAUUUUUUUGAAUGUUAAAUGAUUAACAACAGGCAUUGCAGAAUAUAUCUUCUUAGAGUCUAAAAUGUACAGUUAAAGAUGUUUUGGUUUAUAUACUGAGUUAUUUAAACUAUCAUUAGCAGGGGACCCUUCUCCUGGCAAGACAUACUCAGUAAUGUAUUUUUCUUUGAUCCACCUUUAUUUUUUUAUGCAUUAGAUCCAAAUAUCUACUUUAGAGGUCUAUUUACUCUAUAUGCUUUUGAAUAUCUUAUUUUUCAAAGAGAAGAAACAAAGCUAUGUCAAAUAAUGGAAUUAUGUGACAGUGAGGAUUAUAUCACUGUAAUAUAUAAAAAAUAAUGUCCACUUCAAUUCAAUUUUGAAGCCGCUCAACUGUACAACAGUGAGUUUUUAAAUUUUGGAAUUUAUAUUUUUGUUGAGAUUAUUUUGCAGUCGACGACAGAACUAUGACAAUGACAGAAAUUACAGAUCACUGCAACUUGUUUCUGUGUCCCACGUGCAAAACAUAUGUUUGAGUCCUAGCGGUCGGUAUAGGCUUGAGUCUAAAUCCUAUGUUAAGCGAUAAAGUCCCAACAACAGUGACCUUGUUUGAUGCUCCUGAAUUCCACCAUGGUUCCCUUUUGAAUCUAGUUCUCUUCUGUAAAGGUUUACAAAAACAUUGAUUUAAAUAUUUCGGAAGUUGACAGUAUUUUCCAGUCUUUCAGCCCAUUGGAAGUGGCAGCCAGCAUUAUGGGAUAGAUGGGGAUUGUGCUGAUAUUAAAGCACUACUAUGACUUGUACUUAUCAGAUUUACAUACUUUUAUCAUUCACAACAGGUCAGUGGCACUUUCACUCUUAUAUUAAGUCAUUCCAUAUAUACAUACCUUUGCGCAUUUGUGUGUAGUCACAUAAUUCAAUUCUUAAACAGCUACUACCUUUUUGGCUGUACUUUUUUGAUACACUCCAUACAGAAACAGUAGUGAUACUGUUUUAUUAUUUAAACAUGCAUUCCCUGAGGCAUUCCUUUUUUUGUUAAAGAACUAAUUGCAAGAUGAUUGUCAGGUCAUUCUUCAGAAACUUUACUUAAUAAAACGUAUGGGGUGAGAGCUUC